AUGACUGACAACAACACUGUGAUCACCGUCCAAGUUGGUGCCACGGCGGCUAUGCGGUGCCAGGUGUUCGACGUUGCUGACCACGAAACGGUGUCUUGGAUCAGGCGUCGCGAUCACCACCUCAUCACGGUCGGCGCCAACACCUACUCGAAUGAUGAACGCUUUCAGGUGACUUUCUCCGAGAAACUCCAGAUGUUACAUUCUAAGUCUGUCCCAUGCAAGGAGCCAUGCAAUCAUCACGCGCCUUCUCAAAAGCUUUCUCCCUCAAAGGACUGGACUCUGCACGUGCACUACGCUCAGCCAAGGGACGCAGGGAUGUACGAGUGUCAGCUGUCAGCACACCCUCCGAUGGGCGUCUUCACGACACUCAAUGUUAUAGUACUUAGGAAGCUUGGGUCGCCCUGCGCAUUCAAUGCUCUCCAGGUCAUCUCAUCCUGCCUACUCAUUGAAGAAUGUAAUCAGAUAUCGGAGUAUACAAUAACACCAAAAUUUUACAUCAGAGCAGCACCAAGCGCUUUAAUAAAUAAUUAUCCUUUACAUGGAAAUGCUACAUAA